UCCGGCGACUCCCUCCGCGGGCCCACGGCGGCGAUGCUAGGGGCGCGGCGCUUCCCUCGGGCGUGGCUCUGCAGGGGAGCCGGUCAGGGUCGCAGCCGCCAGUAUCGCGCCGCGCUUUGUACCGAGUUGAAACAGCCCCUGGCCAUCGCGGAGGUCAACCCCCGUCCUCUCCGACCUCACGAGGUCAGAGUGGAUGUCCAUUUUUGUGGGGUGAACUUUGCUGAUUUAUUGGUCUGCCGUGGUCAGUAUCAGGAAAGGCCCCAGCUCCCCUUCACACCUGGAAUGGAGUUUUCUGGGAUCGUGUUGGAGACAGGCAGAGAUGUCAGCACAGUGAAAGAGGGGGACCAGGUGAUUGGCGUGAGCGGCUUCCACGCGAUGGCCGAGGAGUGCAUCACUCCCCAGAAGACACUGUGGAAGAUUCCAGAAAGCGUGCCUCUGCGAGAGGCUGCUGUCCUGCCUGUGUCUUAUGGCACUGCUAUUUUGGCCCUGGAGCAUCGGGCCUGUACCCAGCCUGGAGAAACCGUCCUCGUCACGGCCGCAGCGGGAGCCACAGGCCUUGCAGUGAUAGACGUGGCAACAAACGUCCUUCAGGCCAAGGUCAUAGCUGCAGCUGGGAGCGAGCAGAAGUGCCAGCUAGCCAUGCAGAGGGGUGCACAAUCCAGUGUGAACUACAGCCAGGGCAGCCUGAAGGAGGCAGUGAGGAAGCUGGUGGGCAGCUCCGGGGUGGACGUGGUCAUCGACACGGUGGGAGGAGAUGUCUUCCUGGAGGCUCUCCGCAGCUUGGCGUGGGAGGGCAGGAUUGUGGUGGUGGGAUUUGCUGGAGGAACCAUUGCUUCAGUGCCAGCCAACCUUCUGCUCCUGAAGAAUGUCUCUGCCAUGGGGCUGUACUGGGGCCGGUACCAAGUCGAGAACUUUUCCAUCAUCUCCAAAAUCCUGUCCUCGGCGCUUGAGUACUGCCAGCAAGGGCGCAUCCAGCCCCACGUUGGAGCGCUGUUUAAGUUGGAGGAGUCCCAUUAA